AUGAACAGCACAGCGCCGAGCGAGGCAGAGCAGCCGGGCGCGCUGCUGCUGCAGGCGGUGUGGGAGUCGGUGCGGACGCGGGAGCCGCUGGUCCAGUCGCCUUUCUUCCCGGUGGUCUUCAGCUUCGCCACCUACAUGGCCUUCUGCGCGCCCUUCGCGGCGCUGGACUGCUUGCACGGCCGCCUGGCCGCCUUGCAGAAGUACAAGAUCCAGCCGCAGGCGGCUCCCUCGGCGGCCACGCUGGCGGCGUGCACGGCCCGCAGCCUCUACGACCAUCUCGUGGGCAUCUUCCCGGCCACCGUGGCCCACUGGUACUGGCGGCCGCUGAGCCUGCCGGCCCGGGCUCCCGAGCUGCCCCGCCUCCUGCUCGACCUGGCGGCCUGCCUGCUGCUCUUCGACUUCCUCUACUUCGUCUGGCACCUGCUGCACCACCGCGUCGCCUGGCUCUACAAGACCUUCCACAAGGUGCACCACAAGCACGUCGCCACCUUCGCGCUCAGCACCCAGUACUCCAGCCUGUGGGAGCUGCUCUGGCUCGGCCUCUUCGCCGCCCUCGUCCCGCAGCUGCUGCGCUGCCACCCCCUCACCGAGAUGGCCUUCUUCGUGGCCAACAUCUGGCUCUCCGUGGAGGACCACUCCGGCUACGACCUGCCCUGGUCCACCCACCGGCUGGUGCCCUUCGGCCUCUACGGGGGCGCCGUGCACCACGACCUCCACCACUUGAAGUUCAGGGUCAACUACGCGCCUUACUUUACGCACUGGGACCGCCUCUUCGGCACCCUCAGCCGGGCGGCCGGCGACAAUCCUGCGCCCCCCAAGCCCGCCAAAGACUGA